AACAGAAAUAGAUAGCCGGAGACGUCAGGAUGUAAAUUGAAAUCAUAAAUAAAUAUGUCUUCUAGCAGCCGAACUGUUUAGCUAGAUUUCAUGGAAUCUAAAGUGGAAUUUUCCCAACAACAAAAAUGCGAGAGUAGAUAUGCACUUUAUCUAUGUAAUAAUAAAAAGCAUGCAUCGAUUUCUGGAAAUAAACCUAGCAACGAGAAGAAAGAUUCAACUUCGCCUAAAACUGAUUGUGAUGAGCCCAGUGUUUGCUUAUCACUUUUAGAAGGGAAUGUUGAUGCAACACAGGAAACGGUUGUGCGUUGCUAUCUUCUUAAUGUGCUUUCAUCACGUGAAGAUUUGAAGUUUGAAAAUGAAGGAAAAUAUGCAGUUCUGCAUUCCAGUGAAGAAUCAGAAGAUACCUUUGGCUGUUUUUUCCACAGACUAUCAAAAAAUGCUGUUUUGACAACCGAAGAUGAAAUAGGAGGAGAUGGUUCUAAGCAAUAUACUUUCUUCAUCUGUAUGAUUGCACCCGAAAAUGAUAAAAUUAUGGAAUCUUUUUGUCCAGAGCUGAAUGCCUUCUGUUGCACUUUUGUUAAUCUAUUGGAUCCUGAGGACUUUAAAAAUCGGGAAGAUGUCAAACUAAAAUUAAACUCAUGGUAUAACUAUUGCAUAGAGUAUGUUGCACGUGUUAUUAAUAAAUAUGAAACUGACAUACCACUUAUUCUUACUUCUGCUCUUUGGAGUAAUGUUGAAGUUAUCACUGAUAACAAAGAUAAUAAAUGGGACCUUGAAAGAUUUUUUGAUGCUUGUUCUACAAUGACAGCUAGUAACUUAGAGGUUUUGAAUGAUUCAUCGGAAGUACCUGAAGAAAUGCGCUCUUCUUUGAAACUGUGUGAACGAAAUGGCAAAAUAGAAAUCGAAGGCAGAUCAUUAGAAUCCACUCCUUAUUGUUUUAAAUGGUCGGAGAAGCUAAAGAAUUGCAGCAUUAAUGAUCCUAAAGGUUUACAUAGCAUCUUAGAAGGUUUUAAGUUAAAAACAAUUCAAGAUCUGAAUAAUUUAAAAAGACUUCUUCAAAAAGCUGUAAAUGAUUACUACGCCUUAUUCAACGCUUAUCUAUUUCUAAAAGCAUCUGGAUAUGAUGAAAUAUUGCUUUAUCAUGUUAAAAGAGAAGCUCAUGUUGGAAAUGAAGAGGAUAUUCUAGAGGUCAUUAAAUGCCUUCAAGAUUUUAUACAAGAUGAGCGUACAGAAAGUUCGUGACCUUUGUUUUAAAUUAUUUAUUAUUAAAUGGAUUUGUACAUUUUUUGAAGUAAUAAAUUAUCAUUGUGUAUUUAUUGCAAUUAUUAUUUUUUUUACUUUAUGUUUGAUGUGAUUAUGUCAUUCUCAAAUUUGUCUGGUUUACUUGACUGGUUGCAGUCAAAUACAUCUUUAUACUUAUGUCUUAUAAUCAAAAUCCUUGAAUUUUUACUAAAAUUCAAGGGUUAUCUAUUGAAAAUGAAGAAUUUUAGGCUGUAUAAAUAUAAGGUGCAUUUUCAAAUUGUUCUGAUUUAUAAGUACCCAAUGCUUCUGUUAAUUAUAUAUAGUCGAACUUCCGGAACUUGUAAGGUACUUAUCUGGAAGCAAUGCUAAGAAACAGCUUGAAAAUUUUUGAAUUCUGAAAAAAAUUGUGGUUUGUUGCUAUAGUGUCCCAAAUUGUCCAAUUAUAUAUAUAUUUUUAUUGAUUUUUGUAAAAAGAUUUAUCUUAAGUGUUAUUUCUGCUUAAUCUGAUUUUUGUAAACUUAAUUCGCUUCCAAAUAAUGUUUUAAUAAGGUCUUAAGAAUAAACUAAAGUGUUUUUUCA